ACUGUGCUGUGCUGUGCUGUGUUGUUACAAUGUCACACUUCGCGACGCCCUUUAUAGCUAUUAACUUGGGCUGUGAAAUGGUGUUUGUAAUAGACCAGCGCUUGAAAGCGCAGAAUAUUUCUUUGGACAAGUCUGAAAAAGUACUCACCGAUGUAGUUACUGUGCUUUUCCACCCUAAGCUGCUAGACGAAUUAUUUACGCCACAACCGGUGGCCACUCACUCCCUAAUGAAACAACUACUGCAAGAUAUAUCCGCCUCCUCAAUAAUGAAACUGGAUGAUUAUUCAAUGAGCAAACUAUGGGAUCUUAUGACGAUGAUCUUCAAAUGGCAAUUGUCUGCAGCGACGAAUCAAAAUAUUUUCGACAUCACCCGCCGCCAUCUGCGCAGUGUUGCCAUGUUGAUGCCAGUAUUUUUCCCCAAAUGCAUUAUUGAACAAGUAAUGAGAAGAUUUGAAAAUUUAGCUCACCAAUUUACUGAUGAUGACUAUAAAGGUCUAAGCAAUACACUUUUACUUUGGUUCUCAGAAUAUCAUGCUAAAAUAUCUGUGCUUUUAAGGUUGGGAUUACAAAGAAAAGAUGGAUCGUUUAAUUUACCAUCUACAAUAAGUACGAAUAUUUUACAUAAUCUUGGUGAGAAUAUUUACAAAUACGAUAGCAAGAAGAAUCCUAUUGAAGACUUUGAAAGCCGAAGUGCUGAUACAAAUGAAAUUAACUGUCUCUUAGCAACAAUAGAAAAAGUUCAUUCUAAAAAUAAAAUUGAGUUACAAUUACCCAUUGAAUUCGGAGAUACAAGUUCAAGAAAGAAAACCUUGGAAAUACCCAGAGAUAUUCAAUUUGAAACUAUUGAUACGAAUGUUAAAAUUAAGAACGCAGACCUGACUUUUAUUCCUGACAUUCCAAAGUCUCCACAAGAGGACCUGUUAGACAUGCUGGACAUACCAGGAGAUUCAAUGUAGAGAUGAAAAGGAAGAGGAAGGAAAGGAGGAAAAGGGUAGAAAUAACUUUUCCCGGUAAAAUUGGAAACUAUGACUGGAUAAAGCUGGCAACACUGACUGAGUUAUUGAUGAACAUGGUUAUUGAUUUAAAAAUUACCUGAUCGAAUACAGGUAGGUAGGUAUUUGUUUUAAUUAAUUUAUUCACACAUUAUCGAAAUACGUACUAUAUCAUGUAAUAUUGCAAACCUAAAUCAAUAAAUAUACAUCUAAAGACUAGUUUUAGGUAACCUGUGAUUCAAGUUGCAGAAAUUAAUUUUUGUCCAUCACAUUUCAAAUUUAUUUUUGCUGUGACAAAUUUCUGCAAAAUCGAUUCAGUUCUUUAAUUGUUUUAUAGUGAUAGUGUAAGCAGGUCUGAUUUAAAGAGAUAGCAUUCAUAAUCAUCAUCGCUCUUUUGUUGUAUCAGUAGGUAUGUUACCUACUUACUACCUACCUACCUAAAUGUAGGCCUACAUAUUUAUUUUUACUUUAUUUAGUUUAGCAAUAAGUACAUUAUUCUUCUAUGCACGCUUUAAUUGCGCGUAACCCAACUUAAAUGGUACUAGUAGUUUGUAGAUAAUAUUCAAUAGAAGAAAAAAGAAUAUUCAGUAGAAUUGAAUUCUUUUUUUUUUGUUUUUGGAUAUUUGCCAGCCAUUACUGUAUUUCAUAAUGGCGGAAUCGCGAGUCUAUUUUAA